GUUUGUUCUUUUCAUAGUUUCACUUUCUGUAAGAAAUAAAAAAAAAAAAAUGGCGGGUGGUGGUGGUUUCGGCCCAGGCCCCGGAACUGGGAAACAGUACCCCGGAAAUCUGACGGCGUACGUCAUGGUGACGUGUGUCAUUGCGGCCAUGGGUGGUUUGAUUUUCGGCUACGACAUCGGAAUUUCUGGUGGGGUGACGUCGAUGGAUUCGUUCCUGGAGAAAUUCUUUCCGGCGGUGUACAAGAAGGAGAAAGCGGAUGACUCGACGAACCAGUAUUGUAAAUUCGACAGUGUUACGCUGACUCUGUUUACAUCGUCUUUGUAUUUGGCGGCGCUUUUGUCGUCGAUUGUGGCUUCGACGGUGACCAGAAAACUUGGGAGGAAACUGUCGAUGCUGUUCGGCGGCGUUCUUUUCUGCGCCGGAGCUUUGAUUAAUGGUUUUGCUCUGAAUGUUUUGAUGCUUAUUGUCGGCCGUAUUCUCCUCGGUUUUGGUAUUGGGUUCGCCAAUCAGUCAGUGCCACUGUACCUGUCGGAAAUGGCACCAUACAAAUACAGAGGAGCACUGAACAUCGGAUUCCAGCUCUCCGUAACAUCCGGAAUCCUCGCGGCCAAUCUCCUAAACUACGGAUUCGCCAAAAUCAGCGGCGGAUGGGGCUGGCGGCUGAGCCUCGGCGGCGCAAUGGUCCCCGCCCUAAUCAUCUCCGUCGGCUCCCUACUCCUCCCCGAAACCCCAAACUCCCUAAUCGAGCGCGGCAGACAAGACGAAGCCCGAUCCAAACUCAAGCGAAUCCGAGGCUUAUCCAAUGUCGACGAAGAGUUCUACGAUUUGGUCGCCGCCUGCGAGGCCUCCAUGAAAAUCGAGCACCCGUGGCGGAACCUCCUCCGCCGGAAGUACCGCCCCCACCUCACCAUGGCGAUCGCGAUCCCCUUCUUCCAGCAGUUCACCGGGAUCAAUGUCAUCAUGUUCUACGCGCCUGUACUUUUUAAGACGAUAGGGUUUGGCGGUGAGGCAUCGUUGAUCUCUGCCGUCGUCACCGGCGGGGUCAAUGUUUUGGCCACCGUUGUUUCUAUUUAUGGUGUUGAUAAGUGGGGUAGAAGGUUCCUUUUUCUUGUUGGGGGUAUCCAAAUGCUCAUAUGCCAGGUUGUGGUUGCAAUAUGCAUUGGACUGAAAUUCGGCGUGGACGGAAACCCGGGGGCGUUGCCGGAGUGGUACGCGGUGGUGGUGGUUUUGUUUAUAUGUAUAUACGUGGCCGGAUUUGCGUGUUCGUGGGGACCGCUGGGGUGGUUGGUGCCGAGCGAGAUUUUUCCGUUGGAAAUUCGAUCGGCCGCGCAGAGUUUGAACGUUUCGGUGAACAUGAUUUUCACGUUUAUAGUUGCGCAGGUUUUCUUGACAAUGUUGUGCCGUUUGAAGUUCGGGCUGUUCUUGUUCUUCGCGUUCUUUGUGGUGGUGAUGACUUUUUUUAUAUAUUUUUUCUUGCCGGAGACGAAGAACAUUCCGAUUGAGGAGAUGGUGGUUGUGUGGCAGAAGCACUGGUUCUGGUCGAGGUUCGUCGCUGAGGAUGAUCGGAAUAAUGGGUCGGUUGAGAUGGAUAAUAAUGGAGGAGAUAAGAGCCGGAAAGUAUGAUUUAUUAGUAUGAUGGUAAAAGUAAAAAAGGCUGGAUAAUUAGUAUAAUGUUUCGUUAAUUAUAAGUAAAUUGUUGAUGAUUCUAUUGAGAGAUUUUCUUUAUUUUAAAUU